AUGAAAGAGUUAAAAUUUCCUAAAAAAAAUAAAAAACAUGCUCCAUCCGGAAUAGAAGAAAAUUUAGAAGGAGCUUUAUCAUUGUCAUCAUUCACUAAUUUAGAAAAAUUAGACUGUCGUGGACACAAAAUCACUAGUUUAGAUUUAAGUGAAUGCAAAAAUCUUGAAGAGUUGAGUUGUCAAGAUAAUCAACUUAAUAGAUUGGUUCGCCGGGAUUUUCGCAGUGAGAAUAUAUUAAGUAUGGUUGAUGAUUAUGGAGUUGUGUUUAUUAUUUCUGACUUGAACUUAUGUCAACCCGCUAACGAAACUGAUAAAGGCGAAGUUUAUGGCGUUCUCCCUUAUGUAGCCCCGGAAGCUCUCCGGGAAAAGGUUAUAACCAAUCUGCUGAUAUUUAUUCUUGGAGUAUGGUAG